ACGACUCUUUCAGCAAAGAAAAACACAAAGAUGACAAAACCUGUCAUACGCUCAGCAUCUCAUGCCGGAACCUGGUAUACUUCGAAUCCAGAGACCUUGAAAACUCAAAUCGGACGGUUUUUGAACUCCGCCACUGAGAGAGUCCCUGGUGCCAGAGUUGUGGUCGGACCUCAUGCGGGAUACUCAUACUCUGGCCCAAUAUUGGGUAAGACAUACGGCACGUUGGAUCCGACAGGAAUUGAAAGAGUCUUCAUUAUGGGUCCGUCACAUCAUGUCUACUUCAAAGGCUGCGUCCUAACAACUGAUUGCGAUUACUAUGAUACCCCGCUUGGGAAAUUAGAGGUGGACAAAGAUGUCAUCAACGAACUUAUUGAAGAUGACCCUAAACUAUUCAAAAAGAUGAGUCUUGAGGUGGAUGAGGACGAACAUUCUUUCGAACUGCACAUGCCAUUCCUACGCAAGGUGACCAACGACCUUGGAAUUCACCCGAAAAUUAUUCCGAUCAUGAUUAGUGCAACGGAUGAAAACUUUGAAAAGAGGGUAGCCAAGUCUUUGAAACCUUACUUCGAAGAUAAGUCGAAUGCGUUCAUCGUAAGCACUGACUUUUGUCACUGGGGUUCGAGGUUCUCCUAUAUUGCAUACACCCCUACUGGCACUUUGACUGAUAUAGAGGAUAUCUCUAAGAGCAAGCACCCUUCCAAUUCCCAACUACCCAUAUACAAAAGCAUUGAGUUUUUAGACAGAGCUGCAAUGAAGACAAUAUCCACGGGCUCCUACCGGUCUUUCAAGGACUACAUGUACCUCACCGAUAACACUAUUUGUGGUGCCAAGCCUUUGGGCGUUCUCAUGUUGAUGAUGCAAGAUUCGAUCUCGGAAACUUCAAAACAUUCACUCAAGUGGAACGGGUAUGCACAAAGCUCGAGCGUUGUCUCCUCUCGUGAUAGUAGUGUCAGUUAUGCCAGCGGGUACGCAGUUAUAUAAUGUAAUGGGUGGGCCACUUUUUUUUGUCAUUCAUGCUUUGGUGUAGUUUGGUUUCAUUCGGGGAUUCUUUUACGACGUUGUGCCGCCCAAAGGCACCUAUUAUUCUUUUAGAUGGGUUUUUUACAAGAUAGUUUAUAAAACUGACUAAGUACGGUAUUAAUAUAUAGCAGUUUCACAUUUUCAACAUACAAU